GUCAGCUAUCGCUACUGCAACACACAGCCCUGCCGUGGCGGCUUCUGUUGCUAUCCGUUCCGCUACACGAAUCGUCCUCGAUGUGAGCGUUUCUUCAAAGAGGAGGAGAGUGUCCAGAUCAAUCCGCAAACCAAACACCAAUCAUCCAACGAAAAUGACGACGACGACCUUGCCAACGACCCUGACAUGCGCACUCUGCAUGUGAAAAUGCCUAAAGAUAUGAUCGAUCGCUUUCUAAGUAUGAAAUUGGCUGAGGCCAUUCCGGAGGCUGUGCCGGACACUAGUGAACAACUCGUAAAUCCGGAAUCUAUCAAUGACCAUCCGGAAUCCGAUCCCGAUCAUGCGGAAGUCAGCUCGUCCGGACAGCUCGUUGUGGACGAUUCGGCUGAAAUCGACGAUGACCGUAUGGAAUCGCCACAAGAUGAUGGCUCAGGUGAGUCGCCCACUCUCGUCGAAGACUCGCAAGGAGCUGAAGACGGCACAGCCGAGAGACUUCACUUCAAGAACGUUAAGAACAAUAAAAAUGGUAUUACCUAA